AUGAAGUUCCUCAGCCUCCUCUCCCUCGUCGCCUUUGCCAGCGCCGCUCCUUUGGAUGAGCUCACCAAGAGAGACACCGCCACCUGCGGCAAGGUCUUUUACAGCGCCAGCGCUGUCAGCGCCGCUUCCAACGCUGCCUGCAACUACGUCCGGGCUGGCAGCACUGCUGGAGGCUCGACUUAUCCCCACGUGUACAACAACUAUGAGGGUUUCCGCUUCAAGGGCCUUUCUAAGCCGUUUUACGAGUUUCCUAUUCUGUCUUCGGGCAAGACUUACACUGGAGGCUCUCCUGGGGCUGACCGUGUUGUGAUUAACGGCCAGUGCUCGAUUGCUGGUAUUAUUACACACACUGGUGCCAGCGGUAACGCUUUUGUUGCUUGCGCCGGUACUUCUUAGACAAUUGUUGAUGGGGGUUGGAUGCUAUGGUGGAAAAAUGGUGUGGCAGAGGUGACUACUUGGAUACAAAAAGGACAAAGAUGCUUGUAGAGUCAAGAGAUGUGUGAUAUUUAUAAGCCUUGCUAAUGAAUUGAUGGCAAAAUAAGAGCCUUUAACGUUUGGUGAUGAAAGCUGUCUUAUACUGAAUUGUGUAGGUUGGGUGUGAACUUGCGCUGAAUCGUGGGCGUGCAGAAUAUGUGUUUUCAUCUCAGCCUCUUUAAAAGGGCACAAUACGAAGAUUCUUG